AUGGGAAACUUCUUCCGGAAGCACUGUCCCUGUUUGAAGCGUUACCUUCCCUGCUUAUUCUGUGGGACAAAUGGUGAACAGGAAGACAAAGGGGGCCAGGUCUUUGCCAACAUUGCUGUGGUAAAACCUGACCUCCAAGCAGGACAGAAGGACUUAGAGAGUAAGAUAAAAGAAAAACCUUUACCUCCACUGCCUGGCCAGGGGCUAGCAAACAUUUGCAACUUUGUGGCUCUGUUCGAUUAUGAUGCUCGCACUGAGGAUGACUUGAGCUUCCGAGCUGGGGAUAAGCUGGAAGUGCUGAAAGCAUCCCAUGAGGGAUGGUGGUACGCCAGGCUCCUCCUGCCAGAGGGGUCAGUCUGUCCUGGCCGCAAGCUCAUGGGCUACAUCCCUGCCAACUACAUUGCUGCUGACCAGAGCAUCGAAGCUGAGCCAUGGUUCUUUGGCCCAAUCAGACGAGCAGAUGCCGAGAGACAACUGUUGUACCCUGUAAACAAGGAAGGAGCUUUCCUAAUCCGAGAAAGCGAAAGUCUAAAAGGCGAAUACGCACUCUCAGUUUUUGAUGGUACAUCUGUGAAGCACUACAGGAUCAAAAGGAUGGAUGAAAGCUUUUUCCUAACCAGAAGGAAAACUUUUAAAACUUUGAAUGAGUUGGUCGACUAUUACAGCAAGAACAGUGAUGGCCUCUGCGUGUUGCUCGGACAACCAUGCCUAAAGAUACAAACUCCUACUACUUUUGAUUUAUCUUACCAAACUGUUGAUCAGUGGGAGAUAGACCGACGAUCUCUGAAAUUAGUGAAAAAAUUAGGAUCUGGUCAGUUUGGUGAAGUAUGGGAAGGACUGUGGAAUAACACCACUCCUGUGGCAAUCAAAACAUUAAAACCAGGUUCAAUGGAUCCAAAAGACUUUCUGAGGGAAGCACAAAUAAUGAAGAACUUGAGACAUCCAAAGCUUAUACAGCUUUAUGCUGUCUGCACUUUGGAGGACCCAAUUUAUAUUAUUACCGAGCUGAUGAGAUAUGGAAGUCUUUUAGAAUACCUUAAAAAAGAUGGAGGCUCUCAAAUCUCCCUGACACAUCAAAUAGACAUGGCUGCUCAGGUAGCUUCUGGGAUGGCAUACCUUGAAUCUCAGAACUAUAUCCAUCGGGAUCUGGCAGCCAGGAAUGUUCUUGUUGGUGAGCACAAUGUUUACAAAGUGGCAGACUUCGGACUUGCAAGAGUUUUUAAGGUAGAAAAUGAAAAAAUAUAUGAAGCUAGACCUGAAACAAAACUCCCAGUGAAAUGGACAGCCCCGGAGGCAAUCCGCUACAACAGAUUCAGCAUUAAAUCAGAUGUCUGGUCCUUUGGGAUACUUCUGUUUGAAAUAAUCACCUAUGGGCAGAUGCCUUAUCAUGGUAUGCCAGGACACCAGGUGAUCCAGCUGCUGGACAAUGGGUACAGACUUCCUCAGCCGGAGACGUGCCCAGCGCCACUCUACGGGAUGAUGGAGAAGUGCUGGAAUGCAGAGCCUGAUGAGCGGCCCACCUUUGACUCCCUCAGUGACCAGCUGGAGAACUACUUCAACAACGAGAUCUAUUCCUUUACCUAG